UGCCCCCGAUCUAGCGUAUUACAGUCGUUUCAGCCAAAUAUUUCAUUCACUUCAUUUAUGAAGUACUUUAUCAAUCUAUAAGCAGGGAUGUGAACGUAUUAUGCUGCGGUAGCGUUGCUCGUUUUAUUCCACUGACAGCCUCUGUGCCUCUGGCGAUCUAUAUAUAAAUAGCCGUGUUCGCUCGUACACGCCAAAUAACCCAAACGAGGUCAAUGUUGUUGGAGCAUCCAUACUUAUUAGUAUAUGUAUGCAUGGCAAGGUUUGAGAUUAUGGCAAGCAUGUUGAAUUCAUUUUUAGCCCUAGUUUUGCUAGAUACAGUAAUGGUGGUGGUAGCAGAUAGUGUAUAUGGUUGUUAUGAACCAGAAGACUCCCUGUGUUCAAAGAAGACUUUAACUUGUCCUGUCGGUAGACGUAUCAGAAUCGAAGGCAUGCAUUACUAUUCCAAACCACAUACUAUUAAAUGCCCGAAACUACAAGAUGAAGAGGACUGUCGAACUAGUCCAUGUUGUUCCUAUAGUACGGGUGAUGUACAUAAACGUUCCAGCAAAGAAGACCUUUUACAUGCCUUUAAAAACUGUACGUAUCGACAAGCAUGUACCAUCAGUCCCCCUUAUAGACUAUCAACUGGUUACAGCUACGUAAAGUAUGGUUAUUCGUGUAUGCGGGAGUCUGAUGCAUUUCACAUCAUGACAGGAAGUAAAGUAUCACGUGACGAUGGCUACGACCUGUAUUUCAGCGGUAAAGAUUCACCUGUUAAAGAAUUAACUUGUUCUUGUGAUAUAACAAGUGAUGGUGGUAACAUAUAUAUGUACAACUGGAUCACCUACUUGAAUGGCGAAUCAUGUACCAGAUUAACUGUAACAGAGGAUGACCAACCCGUAUACACAUGUAAUGAUGACGGUGUAUUCACUGGUUUCAAUGGUAACACGGGCCCCAGAGGACUCAAAUAUAGAAUUUUGUUUAAUAACAUGACCUCCAGUUAUGAUGACGUAAUAUGGAUACGGUUCUACGGUACAUUGUUGACAGUGUCAUGUGAUUGUAAUAAAGCAGCGAUGUCUGGUGGUUGGAGUGACUGGUCAUACACCAACUGUUCCGAGUCGUGCGGGGUAGGCACUAGCAGUAGGACACGGAAGUGUAACAACCCUGCGCCGACUAACGGGGGCGACAACUGUACUGGUAGUUCUACUGAACCGGUUGCAUGUUACCAACAGGCUUGUUCUGCAACUCAACACCUACACAUGAAGGGGCUAGGUGCACUGGUGACCAUUACGAGCAUCUGGUGUGCAACAAACAAACACGCCUUGGAACUUAUAUACAAUGGAUUUUUAUUGGUGUCUUAUUUUGGUCAUCUUUGUAUUCGCAAUAAUAUGAUUCAUCAGAAGAAAUAGAAAUGUCAACAAUCAACCAGGUGUUUUAAUUGUCGCCUUUAAACAAUUACCUCCCUUUGAAGGUAUAAAUAGUUACCCCUCCAUGAAGACAUGGAAAAGGGAUACUCGACUGAACGUUUCGAAUUGAAUUCUCUCAAACCCAAACAUAGUGACUAUCGAGUAUUAUAGAAAUUGAAGUAGUUAUCAGAAAUGGCAACCAAUCUGUUGUUCAUAAUUGAUGAAAUUCUUGUCGAAGAGUAUUAUAGAAAUUGGAGUAGUUAUCAGAAAUGGCAACCAAUCUGUUGUUCAUAAUCGAUGAAAUUCUUGUCGAAGAGGAUUAUGGGGACAAUAAAGAUACUUUUGAUAUUAUUUCUACAUCUGCCUUAUUCGCCUCAGGGUAUGGUCAUUUUCAUAUACAUCCGUUAUUAUAUGUGUUUGUCUGUGGGUGUAUGAAUGCUGUGUUUGACAUAGUAUUCUAGAAGAAUACAGUACUGCAUGUCUUGUCUGUUGUUAUUGGUGUACCUAGAUCCAAAGCCAACAAAAAUAUGAAUCGCUCAAAAUGGAAUAUCUUAUUGCACUUUUUGAACCCCUUCCAUUAGAUUAGAACAUAUCAAAAAUAAAAUGAUCAAGGAUAAAAUGAUAUAUGGACAAAUAGACAUUAACUUCCAAGCUGUUGAAUUAAGAAAAGUGUUUCCUGGACGGUUAUUGGUUGGCACCCAUUUCCGGAUAACAGCAAAACAUAAUGAUUGUUUUAUGGGAUUUUCAUUUCAAAAGGCACGGAGCAUUGUCAAGAAGUACAAGGUGGAGAAUAUCCUCUUUAAAACUGGUUGAUGGGCCAUUUAAGGAAUAACGUCACUUCACAGCUAACCAGAGAAUCUUUAAUACUUUACUCUCGUCAAAUAGAGUAAUUAUUGAAUGCGAUUUUGGAAUUCUCAAGGGUAGAUUUUCACGUCAUCUUUAAAUAUUGAGAUACAACCAAGAUUGAAAUAUUUGUUAAGAUUAUUAUGACAUGUUCUAUAUUCCUAUCUUAUGAAAAUGUAAAAAUGUAUGAGAUACCUGUAGCUAUGUACUAACAAAUUUAUGGAAUCAAUUAAAGCUUUUAUUUGUUUUUUUUUCUAUUCAAUGAUUGUAAAAGAUUCAUUUGUUCAGCACGCAUUCUUUCUCCCAUUUGCAUUUUCUAUUUCCCCAUUCUUUUGAGGCAAAGUUGUUUAAGAGUUCCAAAACGUCAAGGUUUGCGUUUUGGAUCACUUUCGGAAUCACAUUAAGUUCAUCGCUUGGCAUUGGAACCGGUGUUCAGAGUAAAGAUCUCUAUUAUAGUUGGAUCAUUUUGGGAACGGAAACUACUUUCGCCUGGCACCUGAAUAUAGAUUAAUCUGUAAGACCUAUAGAAACAUGAAUGUAAUCACAUGAUAAGUAG